AUGUCCUUCUGCGGGUUUUUGGGCGGCGAGAUCUACAAAGAUCAUUUCGAACCAGGGGUCGCUGAUGCUUGUUGGUUACCUGUGCAGGUGUGUUACGUGUGCUCCAAGUGUAGUCAUCCUCUGUUCUCCAGCCGCGCCAAGUUUGGCCACUCCUAUCCCUGGCCUGCCUUCACCGAAACCCUCAGAGAGGACAGCGUCACCAAAAUGAUGGAGACUCUCACGGCCUAUAAGGUUCUGUGUGGUCGCUGUGGAAACGUGGGUCACGAGUUUGUGAACGACGGCCCGGAGGGAGGCGUGUCACGCUUCUGA